UAGUAGCUAGGCGCUUUUGAAUGUUGUAGCACAUAAGAACACAAUAAUCGAUCAGAGUUUUUAUACAAGCGGAAUGUUUUAAAAUUUUGGUUAAUAUAUACCACAAGUAUCAACAGAAGCGCAAGCUAAAGAUAGAGAAAGAGUGUGUGUGAGAGAGAGAGAGAGAAAAAGGAGAGCCUCGCCUUUGAAUAUAAUUGUAUUUGCAUAUCGGAUUAUCAUAGGGAAUCAUAGCCAAGCAGCUCACAAUGGACAGCGAGCGAUUCGAUGCCACUGGCGGCCAGGUCGAGCCGGAUUCAUUGAAGCCGGACACCAAUUUACAGCUGGACAUCGAUGAGCUUGUCUCGAACAGCAGCGCCGACGAUACGCCACCCUCCAUGAUCAUUGUCGAGACAUGCAUCAGCUCGAUGGAGCCCCAAGUGCCGCUGCAGGCCAACAACAGCAACACAAAUGCAAAGCAUGCCGAGCGUGAUGCAGUCAAUCAUGUCGAGGCAGCCGAUCAGGCCGGCUGCUCCAUAACGCUGGGCCUUAAACCGAAUGUCCAGUUCCAGAUACUUUCGCAAAGCAUCGACAACUAUACCCAGCCGCUGGCCAGCACCGAGGCAGCCCUGGCCGCGGCCAACAUCUCGUCGUGUGCCACCAUAAUGGCAGCUGGCAGCGAUCCGGCCAUUCCGAUGCUGCGUCGCUGCGCGGACAGCGGCACCCAGUGCAACAAUCUCAACCUGGACUGCGAGGCGACCAAUUCCAGCGAUUCGAUGCCAUCGAUUGGCUCGCUCGUCUGUCGCAUUUGCCACAAUGCCGAUAAUCCCGAACAACUCGUGUCGCCGUGCUUGUGCAAGGGCUCGCUGACAUAUGUGCACGUACAUUGCCUGGAGCGCUGGAUUAGUACCUCGCGCUGCACAAUCUGUGAGCUGUGCCAGUUUCAUUAUAACACGGAACAGACGCUGCGCUACACCUGCCUGCAAUCGCUGCGUUUGUGGUACUCGCGCGCCAUGAGCCGGCGCGCCCUGCAGGAGGAUUGCCAAAUGUUCUCGCUGCUGACACUGGUCGCAUUUGGCAUAAUUGGCACCUUGCUGGUGGGCAUACAGUAUUAUGCGAUGCACACGCAAUCCUGGGGACUGAGCAAAUUGUGGACCAAGUCCUGGAUGUUGUUCUUCUUGUUUAUGACGAUUACUGUUUACUUUGCCAAUAUCUAUAUGCUGAUCAAGUCGCAGCUAACGCCCUGGUAUCGCUGGUGGCAAUCGGCGCGCGAUAUUAAGCUCAUUUUGGAAAAUCGACGACCCUUUCCGAAUCCAAAUCGCGUGCAGCAGCAGCAACAGCAGCAGCUGACCAUAGACACUGCCUCGACAACGGCAUCCAUGUUUACGCAUCAUGAUCAGCUGGAUGUCCAGGCGCACUCCUCGCAGCCACAAUUCCUGACGCCUUCCUCGAGCGCCUCCUCGCUGCCCAGACCUGUUCCCCCUCCUCCGCCUGCUGCUGCUGUGGAUAAUAAGCAGGUGCCGCUGACAGAAACGAACAAAACCGAAAUGCCGCCAACAUUGAAUGCCUCGAACAGCACCGAAACGGCCAUCGAGCUGGCCAUGGUGAGCACCAGUUCAAAUCCCAAAUCCCCAAUGGUCAAUUCCAAAUGCAGCGAUGUCGCCGUGCCGCCAGCUGCUGACGCCAGCCUCGGCGUCGUCGUCGUCGAGUCUGACAAGGAGCAGCAGUCGGAGGCAAGAAACUAAGUAGUCUGUAAUGCCCAGUGGACAGUUUGUAAUUAAGGGCUCAAGGGCAAGGCUCUCUGGGCUUUAUAUACAUACAUAUAUAUAUUACAUGUAUAUGCUCUCGGAAUGUUUUUGCCUGUCAUUUAAUGUACUUUCAAUGCUUUUAAUGAACUCGCCAGGAGAACUUGUCUUAAACGA